CUCCCACUGCGCGGGGGAAGGCGGAAAUAGCCACUCAGCGCUGCCGUCGCCUCGCCGUAGGCCGCGUGCCCGCUUCCAAGAUGGCGGCGACGGCGGCGUUUUCUGGAGCCCUACGCCGGGCGGGCUGGAGGCUCCUUCAGCUGCGGUGCCUGCCCGUGUCCCACUGCCGACCGGCCCUGGCACCACGUGCCCUCCACGCUUCAGCUAUGCAGCUGAGGUCUUCGGAUCAGCAGAAGCAUCAACCUCCGCCCUCUUCUUCUCAGCAACAGUCUGAGGCACAGGGCGUAGAAGAACCCAAUCCAGAGGCUCUGCGUUCACCCCCCAGGUACACCGACCAGGGCGGGGAGGAGGAGGAGGACUACGAGAGUGAGGAGCAGCUGCAGCACCGCAUCCUGACAGCAGCCCUGGAGUUCGUGCCCGCCCAUGGGUGGACGGCAGAGGCCAUUGCAGAAGGAGCCCAGUCCCUGGGUCUCUCCAGUGCAGCCGCCAGCAUGUUUGGGAAUGACGGCAGUGAGCUGAUCCUGCAUUUCGUGACCCAGUGCAAUGCUCGGCUCACCCGUGUCCUGGAGGAGGAGCAGAAGCUGGUACAGCUGGGCCAGGCAGAGAAGAAGAAGACAGACAAGUUCCUGAGGGAUGCUGUGGAAACCAGACUGAGAAUGUUGAUCCCAUACAUUGAGCAUUGGCCCCGGGCCCUCAGCAUCCUCAUGCUCCCUCACAACAUCCCGCCCAGCCUGAACCUGCUGACCAGCAUGGUGGAUGACAUAUGGCAUUAUGCUGGGGACCAGUCCACUGAUUUUAACUGGUACACCCGACGAGCGGUAUUGGCUGGCAUCUACAACACCACUGAGCUGGUGAUGAUGCAGGACUCCUCCCCAGACUUUGAGGACACCUGGCGCUUUCUGGAAAACAGAAUCAGCGAUGCAAUGAACAUGGGCCACACUGCCAAGCAGGUCAAGUCCACCGGAGAGGCCCUGGUGCAAGGACUCAUGGGCGCAGCAGUGACGCUCAAGAACCUGACAGGCCUAAACCAGCGCCGGUGAGCAAGAAGGGCUGUAAGCUAGAGUACCCAGAAGAAAACCGGAUAUAUUUAAAGGGCUUUGAAACGUACAAGGUGCCACCCAUGGAAUAGGGUGUCGACGAGAAAGCGCCAAAGGACUGCAGCACUACCACAGCCACCUGGAAACCACAGGGCACUGGACAACACAGGCGUAGCCCAGAGCUGGGCCACUUCUUCAGUCCCUGAUGCCAGGACAGACCUCCUGAUGCCUUUUGGCAUCAUGGCUAUGUGACCGAAAAACACGGCACUCAACCCAGCAUUCACGUCACGGAAACCCCCCACAUCCCUCUCAUGGUCUCUCAGGCACUUCGACCAUGUCUUAACCUGCCUGCGGGGCUCCUAAGUCAGGGUCCGGGUCUGAGGCCACCGCAGGUGGCAGCCCCCCACAGCACAGCGCAGGCCUGUGGGUUCCAUGCUCCAGUGUCCUGAGUCGUUGCACCGGGAAACCCCCUGGGCAGGCCGCCUCACCUGAGACAGGUGCUCAGCAUGGCCAGAGGUGUGGUCCCAGGCCCUGUGUUGCGUUAAAACAGCACUUGUUGCAGGAUUAUUAGUGAAUUUAGAGUCUGUAAACAAUUAUAAUAAAUAUCUUUGAAGCA